GGACCGGCCCCGAUGAGGCGGAAGGAGAAGCGGCUCCUGCAGGCGGUGGCGCUGGCGCUGGCGGCCCUGGUCCUCCUGCCCAACGUGGGGCUCUGGGCUCUGUACCGCGAGCGGCAGCCCGACGGCACCCCGGGAGGAUCGUGGGCGGCGGUGGCCUCGGCGGCUGGACAGGGCUCACACAGUCGGCAGAAGAAGACAUUUUUCUUGGGAGAUGGGCAGAAACUAAAAGACUGGCAUGACAAGGAGGCCAUCAGGAGGGACGCUCAGCGCGUAGGAAAUGGCGAACAAGGGAGACCUUACCCCAUGACUGAUGCCGAGAGAGUGGACCAGGCAUACCGAGAAAAUGGAUUUAACAUCUACGUCAGCGAUAAAAUCUCCCUGAAUCGCUCUCUGCCCGAUAUCCGGCACCCAAACUGCAACGGCAAGCGCUACCUGGAGACGCUCCCCAACACCAGCAUCAUCAUCCCCUUCCACAACGAGGGCUGGUCCUCCCUCCUGCGCACCGUCCACAGCGUGAUCAACCGCUCGCCCCCCGAGCUGGUGGCCGAGAUCUUGCUGGUUGACGACUUCAGUGAUCGAGAGCACCUAAAGAAGCCCCUUGAAGACUAUAUGGCCCUUUUUCCCAGCGUGAGAAUUCUCCGAACCAAGAAACGGGAAGGCCUCAUACGGACCCGCAUGCUGGGGGCCUCGGCAGCCACCGGGGAUGUCAUCACGUUCUUGGAUUCUCACUGUGAAGCCAACAUCAACUGGCUUCCCCCCUUGCUUGACCGUAUCGCGCGGAGCCGCAAAACCAUCGUGUGCCCCAUGAUCGACGUGAUAGACCAUGACGAUUUCCGGUACGAGACGCAGGCAGGGGACGCCAUGCGGGGCGCCUUUGACUGGGAGAUGUACUACAAGAGGAUCCCGAUCCCACCAGAGCUGCAGAAAGCAGAUCCCAGUGACCCGUUUGAGUCUCCCGUGAUGGCCGGAGGACUGUUUGCUGUGGACCGGAAGUGGUUCUGGGAGCUGGGCGGGUACGACCCCGGCCUGGAGAUCUGGGGAGGAGAGCAGUACGAGAUCUCCUUCAAGGUGUGGAUGUGUGGGGGCCGCAUGGAGGACAUCCCCUGCUCCAGGGUGGGCCACAUCUACAGAAAGUAUGUGCCCUACAAGGUCCCCGCUGGAGUGAGCCUGGCCCGGAACCUGAAGCGGGUGGCCGAGGUGUGGAUGGAUGAGUACGCGGAAUUCAUCUACCAGCGCCGGCCCGAGUACCGCCACCUCUCCGCUGGUGAUGUGGUGGCCCAGAAGAGGCUCCGCGGCUCCCUGAACUGCAAGAGCUUCAAGUGGUUUAUGACCAAGAUCGCCUGGGACCUGCCCAAGUUCUACCCUCCCGUGGAGCCGCCAGCCGCAGCGUGGGGAGAGAUCCGCAACAUGGGCACAGGGCUAUGCGCAGACACGAAGCAUGGCACGCUGGGCUCCCCACUGAAGCUGGAGAGCUGUGUUAGGGGCCGCGGAGAGGCUGCCUGGAACAGCAUGCAGGUGUUCACCUUCACCUGGAGAGAGGACAUCCGACCUGGAGACCCUCAGCACACCAAGAAGUUCUGCUUCGACGCCGUCUCCCGCACCAGCCCCGUAACCCUCUAUGACUGCCACAGUAUGAAGGGCAACCAGCUGUGGAGGUACCGCAAGGACAGGACCCUGUACCACCCCGUCAGCAGCAGCUGCAUGGACUGCAGCGAAAGCGACCGCAGAAUCUUCAUGAACACCUGCAACCCCGCCUCACUCACCCAGCAGUGGCUCUUUGAACACACCAACUCAACAGUCUUGGAAAAAUUCAACAGAAACUGAGUGCUCCCUCACGCACCCUUGGCAAGUCCAGCAGGCCCCUGUGGCGCUCAUGCAGCCUUCCUUCCCCAAGGGAGAAGGGGCCUCUGUGGACACCCAGGCGUAGAAGGUGCUAGCCAGAUGGUGGAGGGCAGAGGGUUCUCAGAGCUGGUCCUUUGUCAUGGGGCUGGGUGCAAAACAGUCCCCACAGAAGGCUGUGCAAGAAGACAGAGCCCGCUAGCGUCUCAGCAAAGCAGGAAGUGCCCACAGGGCGUUAUGUGAGGAAGACCUGGGCAGUCUGCGAAAUGAGUCCUGAGCUUGCCCAGCCCUCAAGGCAGCUUCCAGAUACCACAGUGCUCUAUAGAAAGAGAGUCAGCAUUUUGGAGCAGCCCGCGUGCCAGCCACCAGCAGAGAAGUCCUCCUUCAGGUCCUCUUGGGGCUGCCUGUAUUGGUGUGGCCUCCAGGAUUGCCCAGCCUCUAUCUUUGUGUUGACCCAGGGGACUCAUCCAAAGGCCACACCUGGGACCCUCAGAGUCCCAUACCAAACACUGACCGGCUGCCGGGCAAGGAUCUUUGAAUUCCCUUUGCAGCCUGGACCCAUGGACUGUAUCUCCCUGGCUUUCUGGGUAUUUCAAAUGCCCAUUCCAGUUUGGCGGUUCCCUGGGCACAAGGACAGCCUGGUCCCCAGCUUUUCAGGGCUGGUUCAGAUGGCCUUGUGUCUAUGGGAAAGGCCAAGAGGACCUCCAAACCAGACAGGCUGGGGUGCUGCCCAGCCGCUGCUUCCACAGCCCCCUCUCCCAGGCAGCUCUCUGUCUCGAGAGGAGUGGGGGUGCUUUGAGGUGCUCACCACUGAGGCUGGAGGCCUCGGGGAUCCCCUGAGGGCAGCACACCUAGCCUCUGGCCUCCUCUCGGUUCUAAUCCUUAGCGCUUCUGACGAAUGCCGUGAUUCCACCCCACGCUAGGAUGGGCCGCAGGACUCUGGUGCGUGCAGUGUCAUGAUUCCAACAGCAGCCAGGCAGCCCCCAGCCCGAGACCGUGUGUGACCCCCCCCCAGGGUUCGAGGGAGCAGGAGUCCUUAGCGAACAUGCCCCUGCCAUCUCAGCUGUAGUCUCUCUGGCGUGGAGAACAGAAGCGCCCCCCCCCCAGUCCCAUGACCAGAUACCCCCCAACCCAGCACCAUGGUAGACCUUCCCUACCAGCCUCCCAGGGGGCCCCAAGCACAUAGAAAGUUUUUCUGUGACCAACCCACCCUCAGCCGAUUCAAACUCAGAAAUCACAUCCCACAACCUGUGGCCCCGGCCCACUAGCCCAGGGCACGCUUGAAAUCGGUGUUCCAACCAAUCAAACCACUGGGACAUGGGUCUUGGAGCCGAGCCACAAAUCUGCCUUUGACGCGCUGGCUGGGGUCAAGGCUAUCAGUGCUGGAAAUACAGGGAGCCCGCCCAAGCCCCACACAGAUUGGACGGUGGCUGGCAAAGGGCCACUUCCACAUGGCCCUGUGCUGGCAUAGCUCGAUUAAGGACGCCUAGCACCCUUUUCCAAACCAGCGCCCUCCCUUAGAGGUGGCUGGCUAGACAGGAAUCCAGGCAGGAGGGAGGCUCCCACCAGAAUCCCAGAAUAAGGAAGACCGUUGCUGCACGUGGGGGGCGUUGGCUCAUGGGAGAGCAACAAUAAAAACUGUGCCUUUUACAAGAGAAAAUGCAAAUGUACAGCCGAUCCCUAAACUUGAACCAUUUCCUAGUGCCUUGCUAGACAGACAGACAGACAGACAGACAGGGGCCGGGUGGGGGAGUGUGCCGUUCCUGCAGCAAGAGUGUGUUUCUUAUGAUCACAUUUCAAGCAGGAGGCAGCGAGCCCAGGGCAGGACUAGAGAUCCAGAGCUCCCUCGGGCCUGGCU